AUGUUUGUAGAUGUGGAUAUACGCAAAAAGUGCAGAAAUAGAUGUACAUGCCCAAAGAGUGCAGGUCUUAUAACUACUAAAACGGGUUCACUAAAAAAUGCUGCAGACUACGGAUAUUGUACUCAUGAGAAAGACUCUGGGGAAAGGAUAAAGGGACUUAACUAUGGUAGACAAUCUCUUCAAAUAGAAAAUGGGAACUCAUCCAUACCAUUUACCGAUACACAUGGUAGAUCAGAGGUAGUUACCGUCUAUUAUCGUGAAGAUAGUAACAGGAAUCGCAUAAAGGUACCCCUCAUUCUUGGAAUUAAAGAUCAUAAAGGAGCAGGUUAUACAUGGUACGAAAAUCUGGGUGGAAAUAACUUAACAUGGAAAAAGAUUGAGGAUACUCAUGACUUUCCUAAAAGUGAUUCUGGAUUAGCAGGUCCCUUGUUCAAGGAAAACCUUGAUAGAGUUGCCUGCUCUCUUCAUAACCUUCAUAAAGUUGAUAUUUCAAAUGAUGGACAGAACUCCUAUUAUUGCAAAAUAUGUACCAAAUCCAAGGUUACCCUUACACAUGAAAAGAUUCAAGAAAUAUACGCUAAGAUUAAUCACAGUCCACAAGAAAGUACUCCUUAUCAUGUUACACACGAGAGAAACCUGGUAAAAUAUAAAGAGACGAGCGAACAUUCUAAAUUACUCUCUGUUAAUAAGAAUGAUACUAUCUCUGUUUUCUACUGGGAAGGUGAUGAUAAGCGUGAGAAUCCUCUCCUGAUAGAGGUUAAAUCGUCUAAAGCAGAAUCUACUUGGUACGAGAAUCUAUGGGAAUCGGGUACUAAAAAGCAUGUUGUGUGGAAAAGGUUGGAAUCAACAGGGACUUCUGGAUUCUCUUCCUAUGGAGUAGAUCUUAAGGUUAAACUUGACUCUCUUAGUUGCGCACUCAAUAAGGCAGUUAGAAUUAAGUUAGGACUGGACUCUGGUUGUCAUGAUUCUAGGGAUACCAAACACAAUAAUAGAAUAAAGGCUUUUCAUAAUGGAACUGUUGAUAAAGCCUUCUUUCUUUCGGCCUAUGAAUACAGCAAUAACAAACCUGAUGGAGGACCGUUCUCUGUGGCAGAAUUGUUGGUUCAGGGUGCAAGACAGACCUUUCCAGGUGCUACAUUUUUCAAGGAUGUUACCAAGCUUUCUUCGUAUGCAUCCUUCUGUGAUCCCACCAAUCCAUUUCUACUCUGUAUAGAAUUUGGAAAUAAUAGUGAUAAGAAAUAUCAAUGGUACUGGAAAAAAGAUAAGGGGAAUGAUUGGCAAGUAUAUGGAUCAUUCUCUACCAAGUCUUCUAGGGAUGUUAAUAGUCAAAUUGGGGGAAUUUUUACUAAUGUUAAAGGUUCUCUUAUGAUAAAAACAUGUAUUCCUCAUAAACCUCCAAAAGAGGGGGUCAAAAUAAAUAUAACCGAACAACCGAGGGAUGAGAAACUUUCUGGUACAUAUCAGGCAACCUCUGGUACAACCCCUGUUUUAGUGCUUAUUUCCAGAGAUGAUAAAACUCUUCCGCAUGGAUUCUUUAGUAUUACUCACAAACCUUUAGGUACAGGAUAUUUCAAGCUAAGUAGAAAUUUAGGCAAUGGAGAUCAAAUAGGAAAAGGAGGGGGGACAAUACCUGAUGCUAAGGAAGUCUCUGUAUACUACUGGAAUGGUGAACCUACUUUACCUAUCCUACUUGGAAUUACCACAAAGGAUAGUAGUAAACCAAAGUACUAUAGCAGAGGCAAUCAAAGAGGCAGUUCCUGGAUACAAGGCGAUAAUGCUAGUAAAAAAUUUGAAUAUCUACUAGACGAGUAUAAUUGCCAAAGAAAUAAUGCAGUUCCAUUUAAUCUAAGUGAUCCAGAAAAUUCAUCGAACCUUUAUACUGAUGGUCAAGUGCCUCCAUGUAUAAAGGAUCAUAGAAAGAUAGAAUCUACUGUCUCUCCAAAACAUCCUCUUGGGGGUGAAUACGCUAUGAAAGAAUACACUGUCAAUGGUGAUGCGAGAAUAUCCAGGGUAACUUUCAGCAGAAAAGACACUGAUAUGGCCACUAAAUAUACCAUAACUAAGGUUUUAGUAUAUUACCGGAAGAAUGAAAACAGGAUUGACAAUAUUCCUCUUCUUGUAGGAUUUGUAAAAAGUGACAAUAGUGGUUCUAUCUUCUUCGAGAAUCUUGGAAGUCCAUAUUAUACAAAAUGGAAACCAAUUGGAGAAAGUGAAUCAAAAUCUUACUAUGACAAAGGUGGAUUCGGUUCUACUCCACAACAAGCACUUACAGAUAAGCUCGAUGAAGUGGGUUGCAGGGUUAAUCAUAUAGUUAAAAUAAAUAUAUCAAAUAAGGGUAAUCCAGACAAAUACUGUCACAAAAACUGCACUAAUAAGAGGAUAAAGGUUAUUAACACUAAUAUUAGCAUCUCUGGGUAUACCGGCUAUGAUCAUACCUCUGCAAUAAAGGCUCAGAAGACCUUUACAGUAACUGCUAUAAUAAAUAAUGGCAAAGAAAAAAAUGCGAAUAUAACCAGUUUUUUCCCACUAAGAGAAGUUUUAAAGGUCACUGUCUAUUUCCAAAACUGUAAUGGUCUUCCGGUUGCAAUACACAUCCAAAAGGAAAAGGGCGAAGAGUGGCUUAAGAAUGAAAACGGAAAUGAACAAUUGGUGCAGUUUAAUCCAAAUGAUAACGAACUACAGAACUGCCGAGGAAUUCAGGGAUUACCUAUAACUCAAGGUACUCAAUCAACAUUCUCUGAAGAUAGUUCAAGUGACUCCGAUGAAGAAUCUCAGGAUGGUAAUCCAGGAGAUGGAAAUUUUAGUGGAUUAUUUGACUGGUCAUGGGAAUCACUUGUUUCUAGUCUUGCUGGAGCUAUGAUAGAUGGACCAACUCAAGCAGUUUAUGGUUUUGCUAAAGUUAAUGAAGCUAUAUCUAAAAUACUCCCUGGCCCUAAUGUUUUUGACAACAGUGGACUAGCAGGAGGGUUAUCUGGUGAUGAUGGAGCUACUGCUAAAGGCCUUGAAGCAGAUGUAAAAAAUCCUGCCUCUGUACUUCCUCAACCUGAAGGUGGAGGACAUGGCUCUGAUAAUGCUAGUGGAGUACUAGACUCUAGUACUGAAGCCUCCGCUCUAUCAGACAUUUCUCCUGGAGCUGAACCUGCUGAUCUUCCUACUCAAUCUCCUCUUAUUGCUGAAGGUCUUACUGGUCUAGCUACUCUUGGAUAUGUCGCCGCAUGUGGUGCUUCAGGCUCCAUUACUGGGUUUACUUACUGGAUCUACAAGCGCUUUGCUGGAGAACCAUGGGUAAGGCAGAUCUAA